AUCUCAUCACUGAGGGUGUAUUCUAGUAGUCUCCGCUUUCCAGUACUCAUAUCCUCCCUCGUCACUGGUCACUUACUCUUGCAAUGGCAAGAAUGCCAACAGAACCUCUUGUUGUGGGGAGGGUGAUAGGAGAUGUCAUUGAUUCUUUCAACCCAAGUGUGAGAAUGACUGUGACUUACAGCAACAACAAGCAAGUGUUUAAUGGGCAUGAACUGUUCCCUUCGGCAGUGACGGCCAGGCCUAGGGUUGAGAUUGCUGGAGCUGAUAUGAGGUCCUUCUUUACUCUGGUUAUGACAGACCCGGAUGUUCCAGGCCCUAGUGACCCUUAUCUGAGAGAGCACUUGCAGUGGCUGGUAACUGACAUCCCCGGCACAACAGAUGCCACAUUUGGCAAAGAGUUGGUGAGCUAUGAGAUCCCAAAGCCUAAUAUAGGGAUCCACAGGUUCGUGUUUGUGCUAUUCAAGCAGAACCGUAGGCAGUGUGUAGCUUCUCCUUCCAACAGGGAUCACUUCAACACCCGCAACUUUGCCGCAGAAAACGAGCUUGGCCUUCCAGUCGCUGCCGUCUACUUCAAUGCGCAACGAGAAACCGCAGCCAGAAGACGCUGAUCGAUCUUCAAUUAGUAUCAGUCAACCAAAUCAACUAAUUAGCUGGUAAUUGAUAAUCAAUUAAUGUGUGGAAUAAAGUGAUUAUGUAUCUAUAUAUUCUCCGGUGAUGCUGGGGGAUGCUAGGAUAUAUGGUAGUUUCAGCGUAUGGGAUUGAGAAACGUGGCAGAAACUAUCAUUUCUCGUUGGACUCUGCUACAUAUUCAUGCUCACUUUCCAUCAGAUCGUUGUACUGUAUUCAUGUAUGCAUAUUACCUUGUGGGUAUAACAGGGGAUCUCAUAGAAAUAAGAAACCUGGUUUACUAUAGUUCGUCACGCCUUUAGGGUUCUCUAUGUGUCUUGGUGUUAUUCUCAAGUCUGAAUUCUAGUGUUCAGACAUAAAAAUUAUUACUUUAGCAA